GGAAAUAAGAAGCAAUCGGUUGUCAUGAGAAGAACUAAUACACCUCAGACAUUGGUGGUCUGCCUCCACAAAUUGCAUCUAAGUUCAAAUGUGGAAUGCCACGGUUUUGGCACAAAGUUUUAGAUAUGUGGAUUGUCUAUGCUGACAGCAUUGAAGGUGAGGCUCCUUCAUCAGUCAUAAACCAUGUGGCAGACAACAGCAAAGAGAAAAAUAGCAUUGUACCAGAGAAACUAUGUAAUGAUCAAGGCUCUUAUGCUUUGCCUGCUGUGAAAAGCAACAGAGUACAAAGUGCAGAUGACAAGAAAAAAUGUGAGAUGUUGAACAAUCCAGGGGCAGUAUCACCAAAAAGCAUAAGAAAUGCAGUCAACUCAAAACAAAAGAAAGAAAUAGUUGACAGAAAUGUAAAGAAAAGUAAAAAAGAAUGACAGUCAUCUC